GCGAAAGAGUGUGAGAGAAUGAGAGAGAGAAAGAGAGAGACAGAGCGCUGACUCCUCCUCAUUCUCCGGUGUCAAAGUUGACAUCAGCCCUGGAGCCGAGUUGAACGGCAUCCUCGUGCGUGAACAGGAGAGCGAGCUCACAUCAUUCAGUGGCGAAUGCUGCACGGAGUUAUGUACAUCGCGCUGCCUUGCCCUCUGAACUGCCUGCCGUCAUGGAUUGCAAACCGCGCGCGAAACCAAUACUACUUUUUAUUUUACUGUUCAUCUUGUCGUUUAUUCGCUCAGCACUUCUGACCAUCCACCCGUCCAAUGAAGUGAACCUGUUGGACUCCAAAGCCAGCCAGGGGGAGCUGGGAUGGAUAUCCUACCCAUCGCAUGGGUGGGAGGAGAUCAGCGGAGUAGACGAGCACUACACUCCCAUCAGGACCUUCCAGGUGUGUAACGUGAUGGAGUACAGUCAGAACAACUGGCUGAGGACCAACUGGAUCCCCCGCCAGUCGGCCCAGAAGAUCUACGUGGAGCUAAAGUUCACCCUGAGAGACUGUAACUCCAUCCCCCUGGUCCUGGGGACCUGCAAGGAGACCUUCAACCUGCUGUACAUGGAGACAGAUGAGGACCAGGGCAGUCACUUCAGAGAACACCAGUUCUCUAAGAUCGACACCAUCGCUGCAGACGAGAGCUUCACCCAGAUGGACCUGGGGGACCGCAUCCUGAAGCUCAACACGGAGGUCCGGGAGGUGGGGCCUGUUACCAAGAAGGGCUUCUACCUGGCGUUCCAGGACGUGGGGGCGUGUGUGGCGCUGGUGUCAGUCAGGGUCUACUUUAAGAAGUGCCCAUUCAUUGUGAGGAACUUGGCCUCCUUCCCUGACACGGUGCCCAUGGACUCUCAGUCAUUGGUGGAGGUGAAGGGCUCGUGUGUCAAUCACUCCAAGGAGGAGGAGCCACCGCGUAUGUACUGUAGUACAGAGGGGGAGUGGCUAGUACCCAUAGGGAAGUGUCUGUGUAACGUUGGCUAUGAGGACAGAGGGAGCUCCUGCCAAGCAUGCAGAGCAGGGUUCUAUAAGUCUCUGCUGGGUAACGUCCAGUGUUCUAAGUGUCCACCUCACAGCGUCACCCAUCAUGAGGGAGCGUUACACUGUGGCUGCGAGAAAAACUACUUCCGCGCUGAUGGAGACCCGCCAUCUAUGGCCUGCACCCGUCCUCCCUCUGCUCCUCGUAACGUGAUCUCAGUCAUCAAUGAGACCUCGGUGAUUCUGGACUGGUCCUGGCCGGAGAACACGGGAGGUCGUAAGGACGUUACCUUCACCGUGCUGUGUAAGCGCUGCAGGCCUGGCCAGAGGGUGUGUGAGGCGUGUCGCAGUAAUGUGCGGUUCCUCCCCCGUGCUGCAGGCCUGCAGAACACUACCGUAACCGUGGGAGACCUGCUGGCUCACACCAACUACACCUUUGAGAUCGAUGCUCAAAAUGGAGUGUCCCAGUUAGCCCCAACUAUGAGGCAAUAUGCUGCUGUGACCAUCACUACCAACCAAGCAGCCCCUUCUCCAGUGACUGUAAUCAGGAAGGAUCGUACGUCUCGUAACAGCAUUUCUCUGUCCUGGCUGGAACCAGAGAGACCCAACGGCAUCAUACUGGACUACGAGGUCAAAUACUACCAGAAGCAGGAGCAGGAGACCAGCUACACCAUCCUGCGCUCUAAGGGUUGUAACGUGACGUUGGGCGGUCUAAAGGCAGACACCGCCUACCUGCUCCAGAUCAGGGCCAGGACUGCAGCAGGCUACGGAGCCAGCAGCAGGAGCUUUGAGUUUGAGACAAGCCCUGACUCGUUCUCUAUCUCCAGUGAGAGUAGUCAGGUGGUGUUGAUAGCCAUCUCUUCCUCGGUAGCCAUUAUCUUGCUCAUCGUCCUCCUCUACGUGGUGAUUGGCAGGUUCUGUGGCUACAGCAAGUCUAAACAGCCUGACGAAAAGAGACUGCACUUUGGCAACGGUCACCUGCGUCUGCCAGGAAUAAUGACCUACGUAGACCCUCACACCUAUGAAGACCCCAGUCAAGCCGUCCAUGAGUUUGCCAAGGAGCUGGAUGCUUCCUGUAUCGCCAUUGACAAGGUGGUGGGAGCAGGUGAGUUUGGGGAGGUGUGCAGUGGUCGUCUGCGUCUGCCCAGUAAGAAGGAGAUCUGUGUGGCAAUCAAGACGCUGAAGGCAGGAUACACCGACAAACAGAGGCGGGACUUCCUGUCCGAGGCGUCAAUCAUGGGACAGUUUGACCAUCCAAACAUCAUCAGGCUGGAGGGAGUGGUCACCAAGAGUAAACCUGUGAUGAUAGUGACUGAAUACAUGGAGAAUGGAUCCUUGGACAGCUUUCUGAAAAAACAUGAUGCCCAGUUUACUGGUAUCCAGUUGGUGGGCAUGCUGCGUGGCAUCGCGUCGGGCAUGAGGUACCUGUCUGACAUGGGUUACGUCCACAGAGACCUGGCCGCUCGUAAUAUCCUGGUGAACAGCAACCUGGUGUGUAAGGUGUCUGACUUUGGCCUGUCCAGAGUCCUGGAGGACGACCCGGAGGCUGCUUACACCACACGGGUAAGACAUGGUGGUCGGGUUUAUCAAUGACAUACAAUGGGUUUA